AUGGUUAAUAGAGAAUCAAUCGUGCCUAAUAGCGGCACUUUCGAAGCGCUUCAGAGUCAUCAUGCCCCAUUACGAAGAAGUCGCCCGCCGAAUAUUGAUACGAUGGCAGCCGAAGAGAAUCGCGUGCCUCUAAAGGCUGAAAAGGCAAGCAGAAGAGAAUCGAGAUUGGGCCUAAGGAGCUUGUUCAGUCGAUCCAAAACACCGAAGGACUUGACGAUCCCUGAGACGCCCACAUCUAAUGGUACUUUCGGCAGUCGCACAUCCCUCGCCGACUCGAACCCUUAUUUCUCGUCCCAGCUUGAUGUCACGUCUCAUGAUAUGCCCACGUCACCUCUUAGCCCGCGCAUUCUCUCUACGAUGUAUGAGAGUCAGCAAAGCCCAUCUGCCCAUGCUCAGCCGCGAUCAGCUGGCAUAUCAAGGAUUCAGAGUCCAGCGAAGGUGACGCGAGGACCACUUUCGAGCUGGCAUGCUCCUCCUCUAUUCAAAGCAUUUCCUCAAGCCACAAAACAUAUAACACUCCCAGCCACCUCUCUGGCUCCCGAGGUCAUUCUACGUAUGCACGAGCGACGGACCAGCACCACGCGCGAUGAUGCCGCAGAAGUACCGGAAGGGGAAGUUAGCCCUGCCGAGAAGACCAAGUUCAAAAAAAAGCACCGCCGUAACACAUCCGGGCCUGCGCCAAAGUUUGAAUGGACCAACAAGAUUUAUGUUCUAGUGACAGCUGGGUAUUUGCUACAAUAUGCAGCUGAAGGCCCUUUUGACCGGUUGCCCGAAAGGAUAUUGCACCUUACUAAAGACUCUGCGGCAUUUGCUAGCGACGUUAUCCCCGGCCGCCACUGGGUGGUUCAAAUCUCAUCAGCUGCCGAACCUGACGGAACACCAAAUGCCGAAUCACGAUCUCUGUUCUCACGUUGGAACUUUCGAGCCACAGAACGGCGCCAUGCCUCCAGCCUUCUCAUGGUAUUUGAGUCUGCUGUAGACAUGGAAGGUUGGAUUGCAACAUUGCGUCGCACAAUCGAGACUUUGGGUGGAAAGAAGACGCUCACUGAGACAGGCAAGCCUAAGGCUGAGGACGAAGCUGCACCCCUGAGGGAGAGGCCCAGCCAAAGGACCUUGAUAGUGAGAGACCCAAACCGUCUGUCACGUAUAGCGACACAGAACUCUCAGAGCCCUCAAAGUCCUGAAAGCAUUCCAAGUCCCCGAUUUCUACCAUUGCAAGGCAGAGCCGACACCAGCCACUCCAUCGCAAAUGUUACCGAGCAUGAGCCUGUAGCCGAUCAACCGUUGGAUGACAUCUCUACGACCAACAGCUUCGUAUCCCAUGAUGGCAGGCAGUUGGAUAACUUACGCGAGAACUCACACCGCCUAUCGUUCAUAUCAUCUGGCCAACGAACAGUAGUAACAUCGGCUGGGUCCUCUCCAGAAUCAUCGCCAGUUGUCGAUAAGUUCCCGGUAACUGGAGAAAGCAAAACAUUCCUCGAGGCGUCGCCCCUUUCACCUGAGCCAAAGCCAAGACCUAACGCUGCAGCCAUCUUGGACAGAAGACAAUCAAUGCAAGUCCUCAGCCCUUUUGUUGAACUGCAAGGUCCUGCCAACAUAAGACCACAGUCCAGCUACGGAGCUCAAGAUCCAAAGUCGCCAACCCCUAAUUUCAGUGUGCCAAACACAUCGAACCGCAGAUAUUCUUUUGCAAAGAACAUCGCCCAGGAAUUUGGCAUGGCGCCCCAGACUGGUCCCUUAGAGGUACGGUCAUUAGGUCGUAGAGCGCCUCCGACGACUUUACCAGUUGCGAGACCUUUGUCCAUGGUUGCUGAUCAGCCUUCUCCGAUGGAGGAAAUGCAUGAACGACCUGUAACGCGGCACGGGGAUGAAACACAGCCAACUAUGCCAACAAGUUACGAUCUGGCGUCUUUGCCUCAAAUCCCUUACUCCUACGACAUGCAUUCGCGGCGAUCAAGUUUGGCACCGAUAGAUGAACCCGUCGUCGAAGCUAACCGCCCGACGAGCUCGCGCCGACACACAGACGUCCGUCAGCGGCGCAAAUCCGAGAACCCUGGAGCCUUUCCACGAAACCCGGCAAACUCAUCCCGACCAAGCCUGGAACAAAAGACACGCUCACGAUCGUCCCUUAUUGGGGCAGAUGAGGCAGCUCGUCGCCGUACUUCUCUUGAUGCCUACAGUGACAGACAAAGCGACAGUAUGUCGGCAAAGGUACGGGCACAGAGGCGAGCCAGCGUGCAGUCUGUGAUGUCGGACCGGGCGUCUCAAUACAGUGCCUCAACCGAUCUUCCUCCUCCUAUGGCGCCAGAGUCCCUACCGCUAGCUGCUCCUCCGCCUACAGUCCCUCUUCCACCCAUUCCCACAUCCGCCAGCAACCCUAGUUUGGUGCCGGAUACCGGCAGGAAGAACCUGAUGAUUCGGCGAAGCAUGCCUCAAUUGAACGAAGUACCUCCGCCCAUGCCUCCACCCACAUGUGCGCUGCCUCCAAUUCCACCCAAGCUACAACUCAAGGCCUAG